AUGUCUUAUCGCGUUGAACUCGCAACUACUGCGAGGGCUGGAUGCCAAAAUAAGGAAUGUAAAGAUCAUGGUAUCAAGAUUCAGAAAAAUGAAUUGAGACUUGGUACUUGGGUUGAGAUUCAAGAACAUGGAGGUUGGCAGUGGAAACAUUGGGGAUGUGUCACUGGAAAGCAACUUGAGAAUAUGAGAAAUUAUCUUGAAGAUGGCAAGGGUGGCUAUAUGUUUGACAAGAUGGAUGGUUAUAAUGAUGGUGGCAAGGGUAGUUUAGAUGAUCAUCCUGAAAUGCAGGAGAAGGUUAGACGAGUUGUUAUUCAAGGAUUUAUUGAUCCUGAAGAUUGGAAAGGUGACCCUGAAAUGAAUACCCUCGGUCAAACAGGAACUCGUACCUCCGAAUCAAAGAGAAAGAUCAAGGAGCAAAAGUCUGCUGAAAUGGGUGAUCUAAAUGAACUCCAAGCCAAGUGGGAUGAAGCCGAACAGGAAAAGCAGCAACUCAUCGAUGAUGGAAAGGCAAAUGGUAUGAAAGUUAAGGCUCUCAAUAAAAAGAUUGCAGAAUAUGCCAAGGAAAUGACUGCUCGCCGAAAGGAAGAGGAGAAACUGAAGGCAGAAAGAGAAAGAAACGAAGUAAAGUCAGAGAAGGCUAAUACACCAAAGAAGAGAAGUAGAGUGAAGAAAGAAGAACUUGACGAAGAAGAUGAAGAGGAUGAAAAGCCCGCGAAGAAGAAGAGAGGCGGAAAUGUCAAGAAAGAAGAAGAAUCCGAGGAAGAGGUUAUGCCUGCUAAGAAAGCUCGUGGAAAAAAAGCUGCGGUCAAGAAAGAAGAAGAUAUUGAAGAUGAUGAAGAGGAUAUCAAGCCAGCUCCUGUCAAAAAGUCCAGAGGAAAGGCAUCCGCUGUUAAAAAGGAAGAGAAUUUCGAAGACGAGAAAGACACUAAAACAGUCCCUACCAAGACUUCCAAGGGAAAAGCUCCUGCUGUCAAGAAGGAGCAAAACAUCGAAGAUGAUGAAGAUACAAAACCCACCCCAUCUAGGAGUUCUCGUGCCAAGAAACCAGUUGUUAAAAAGGAAGUCAAGGAAGAGAAUUCCGAAGAAGAAGAAAGCAAACCAGUCCCUGUCAAAAACUCUCGAGCCAAAAAGCCAGUCGUCAAAAAGGAAGUCAUGGAAGAAGAUGAUGACGAAAAUGAGAUCCUAACCAAGACCAAACCAGCUGCAGCUGCGAAAGGUGUCCGUAAACAGCCAAAGAAAGUUAAGGAGGAGGCUGCAUCGGUAACUCCAGAAUUGGCUUCUGAUAAAGAGAUUUCGAAGGAUCAAAAGAUUGAAGCUGAGGAAGUAGAGAUGAAGGAUGAGGAUGAGGAAGAAGAGGAAGUUAAGCCUAUCGUUAAGAAGAGCAGAGGGUAA